AGCUCUGAUUAGGCUAUAUAUCGAUAGGGUACCUGUAGUGUUGAUCAACGAUCAAUCCGUAUUGGCGGUCAAAUUUUAAUUCCCAAGAGUUUAUAAUUAUGAUUUAUUGGCAUUGGAAACAAUUAUAAUUGUUUAUCAGAUAAUUAUCGGAUUGAAAGGAAAUAUUUUAAUUUCAUUAUGACGGAACUUUGGUUAGGGUGCCUUGUUCCACGCCUUAUAAUAGCACUUGAAUAACCCGUUUUACAGAUGUAAUCUCUAGAGUCUAGACUUUUUGUAAGUAUAUGUAUGGAGAACGCCAUUAUUUCAUCAUAGCUAUAGUGAAGUACACUUUUGUUAGUCCCGUAUAAGAUUUAGGCCGAUAAUCACCUAUAGUUAUUUUUGGUAUAGAAAUAACUUUCUUAUCACACGACUAAAUUUUUGAUUAGUCAGAAGAAAUACAAGCCGGAGAGCAUAAAGCGUUAAUUGAAUCAUACUGCUCUUAAAGUCAAAAGGGGUAAUAAUUUUGGAAUCGCCGCAUACCUUUGCACCCAGACGCCGAUUAUCUAUGGAGGUCUCCUUCUGCGAAGCUUAAUGGUCAUUUACUUGGCUUAUGUCUAUGUGCAUCACAAGAAAACCCAAUCUGUGGUGGAUGGCAAUGGCUGGAUGAUAACCCGUACUAACCUCUUACAUCGCCGCUAUCGCGAUUACUUUCCCGUGGAGUUGGUCAAAACCGCCGACCUGCCGGCUAAUAAGAACUACAUCUUGGCCAGCUUUCCCCAUGGAAUUUUGGGAACGGGCAUAGGUAUUAACAUGGGUGUGGAAAUCUCCAAGUGGCUGGAGUUAUUCCCCCAAGUGCGACCAAAACUAGGCACUCUGGAUCAGCAUUUCCAUGUGCCUUUCAUGCGAGAAGUCCUUCGAUGCUGGGGCUUAGUCUCCGUAUCCAAAGAGGCCCUAAUCCGAAUGCUCAGCAAAUCAAAUGAUCCUAAACACAAGGACAAUCGCGAUGGAUUUACCUCGAAUGCGGUGGCUAUACUGGUUGGUGGUGCCCAGGAGGCAAUGGACUCGCAUCCUGGACAAUAUAUUUUAACCUUAAAGAACAGGAAGGGUUUUGUUAAAAUGGCAAUUCGAACGGGUUCAUCGAUUGUGCCUUCGUUUUCCUUUGGCGAAGUGGACAUUUUCGAUCAGGUGGCCAAUCCCCCAGAUUCCCUGCUCCGUCGGGUUCAGAAUGUAGUUAAGAAACUCACCGGUGUUUCCCCUUUGAUCCCAGUGGGUCGAGGUUUCUUCAACUACACCUUUGGCUUUCUGCCGUUUCGACGACGCAUUGUCCAAGUUGUUGGUUCCCCCAUUGAUGUUGUAAAGAGCGAUCAACCCGACCCAGAGUAUGUGGACAAAGUGCAUGGACAGGUCAUUGAGGCCCUGGAAAAACUAUUUGAACAGCACAAAGACAAAUAUUUACAGAAUUCUACGAGUGCCAAAUUGGUUUUACAGUAAUUAAAAAAUGUUUAGGAAUUGUUAAUACAAAAGAUUAUU